AUGCUUGAACAUCCACUUGCUGAGAUGUGGGAUCAGAUUGCGGUAUCAAAAGCCUUUGUAUGUAUUGGCUUGGCCGCAUUUUACCAAAAGGAAAUGCAGUUUGUCCAUGUCAAGAAUAAAGUCAUCUGUAUUGGGAUUUUUGCCAACUACAUUGUCAAUUCAUCAUCAAAUUUACUGAUUUUAAUUGGCUACUUGUAUCCAUGGGCUGCUUUAUUGCGUGCCUCCGUGACCUCAUAAUUCUAUUCAGCUACAGCAUGACCAAUUUUUUCGCCUCACGAUAUUGCAAUAAAGAUCGCUCAUCAUUGUCGUCAUAUUGAACAUUGCUUCUCUCUUUUUAAAGAUUUCGGUAAAAAAAAAUUCUAAUGUGAACCUCUGUAAUGUUUAAAGGCAGUUAGUCUGAUUUGUCCAGAAACUAACAUUUUGUCUGGAUUUGAAGUGUCAAUAAAAUGUAGACCGCGGAUAGACAGAUAAAUAGUCUUUUGAUUGUCUGUCCUGUGUGAUUACUAAACAAAGAAUUAC